ACUGUGGCUCUCCAGGACACCUCUGAAGUAGACCAAAGAUCUGGCAAAUCUGGUCUUGGGGGUCACCUGUCCUGCAGAGUUUAGUUACAUCCCUAAUCAAACACACCUGAAAAAUCGAACCUAUGUCUCCAGGGUUGCUAGAAAUCUACAGACAGGUAUCUAUGAUUAUGGAUAGAACUAAACUCAGGACCAUGACCCUCCAGAAUGUUGCACAUUCCUGAAGUAUACCUUAUUACACAUUUGUCUUUUUACUCUUCAGGAAAAAAGUGCACAUAUGGGAUCAAGUGUAAGUUCUACCACCCAGAGCGCACAAACCAGUCACAGCGUUCUCUAGCCGAUGAGCUUCGAGAGAAUGCCAGACUGUCUGGUUCAAAAGAGGAAAGCAGAGUAACUGGGCCACUAAGAGGCAUGUACCCAAGAAAUGACCCUGGUUUUGGGUCCAGCUCACCCUCCUUGGAGCAAGAACUGGAACAAAAGCUCAACUUGGAUCCCAAGAGCUCUGACAGCAGGGAUGUUAUGCUCCAGUACUGGGAUGACAUUAUGUCCACCAAAAAGCCCUUAAAUACAGCCACAGUGGCACAACGCAGGGCUUCGGUAGACAGAACCAGUCUGCAAGCACCUUACCCAACAAACCCUUCGUCCAUUUUCAGUUCUGACUCGGGGCUUGGAUCCUACCAAAGCCAGUUUUCAGAUCCAUCCCAGAGCAUUGAUGAGUUGUAUAGGAUGAGAUCCAAUCAUCCACCGAUGUCUGGUAACCCUGGUGUACCUGCAGGUGGCCAGCACUACUAUGACAACAUGAGUCAUUUCUCCAACUAUCAGCCCAACUUUGGUGCCUACAGCUCCCUACCUCUGCCCAACCCCGUCCAGCGUUACAGUCUUUCUGCUUACGGUGCCUGGCCUUACCCUUACUUCUCACCACAGGCAACCAGUUUACCCGAACCUUUACCCUGUCCUAGCUCGCACAGGUCUCCUGAUGUCUAUGGAAGUCAGCAGCACUCAGCCAUGCCACAGUCCAACGCUUUCCAGGAAGAAAGAGAGGAGGUCAGGAAAAAUCUUCAUGCAAUUUUUAACCCGCAUCAUGUAAACAAAGUUAUGGAAAUGUUCCCGCAGCUGAAAGAUGCGCAGCAGCUGGCGGCAGAGAUUCUCAAACUCAAGUCCAGAGGAGAGUUCUUCUGAUUUGUUGAAACUUUGGGACCAUAAAAAAGACUGCAUGGCAUGCCAAGUUUCUCAAAAGAAAGAGUCUCUACACUCUCAGAAAAAAAAUGUGCAUACAUUGUACAUUUAGGGGUACUUUUUUACCCUUAAAAUGUUUGUAGUAGUGCUUUAAAGGUAUCUAGUUCAACUCUAAGGUAUACACCUUUUAGGGGGAGAUAAGGUACAAACUUGUCGAUUUAGGGGUACAACAACUUGUCACUCAGGCGCUCCCUGAACUUUUUACCUUUAAAAUUUCAUAGUAGUACUUUAAAGGUACCUAUUACUACUACUAUUAUUUACUACUACUUUAAAGGUACCUAUUACUAAUAUGCACUUUCGAGGGGUAGAUUAGGUACCGAUAUGUCCUUUUAAGGG